ACAACAGAUGUUUUCAUGCGCAGGAGGUGUUGCUUCCCCUGCCACAUGCCACACCGUCCCCGCCGGCUGCCAUCUUGCUUCGCCGGUGCCAUGACCGCCUUUAAGGGCAUCUGGACUCAGGAGUUCUGGCGCUGCGUUGGCGCAGAAUUCUUGGCCAUGCUCUUCUUUGUCUUGAUGGGCCUGGGCUCCACCAUCAAUUGGGGGGCCGCUGAAGGGGACCCCCAGGUCCCUGACUUGGCACACAUCUCGCUGUGCUUCGGCUUGACCAUCAGCACCUUGGUUCAGUGCUUCGGUCACAUCAGCGGUGCUCACAUCAACCCGGCGGUCACGGCCGCCAUGGUGGUGACCCGCAAGCUGAGCGUGGCCAAGGCCGUGUUCUACGUGCUGGCCCAGUGCCUGGGCUCCAUAGUGGGGGCCGCCGUCCUGCAUGGGAUCACGCCAGCCUCAGUGAGGGGUAGCAUGGGCAUCACGGCGGUGAACAAGAACCUGUCAGUGGGGAACGCUCUGGUGGUCGAGAUCUUAAUCAGCUUCCAGCUGAUCUUCACCAUCUUCGCCACGUGCGACCACAAACGCAGUGACCUCAAGGGCUCAUCGGCAUUGGCCAUCGGGCUGUCGGUGUGUGUCGGCCACCUGUUUGCUCUUCCGUACACUGGUGCUAGCAUGAAUCCUGCUCGCUCCCUUGGCCCGGCUGUGAUCACAUGGUCCUGGGAGAACCACUGGGUGUACUGGGUGGGCCCGGCCCUGGGAGGGAGUGUAGCUGCUGCCCUGUACGAGUACCUGUUCUGUCCAGACCUGGAAGCCAAGAAACAAUACUCUGACAGCUUCAUCAAGACACCCUUCAUGGGCUCCAAGCAGCGUCAGGACUCGGUCACGGCUCAGGAGCCGCUCUUUGGCGCCAUGGAAGCUGAGCGGGCCGAGAGGAAGGAGCGGGGCAGGGAGCGGGAGGUCUCCGGGGAGGUUCUGUCAUCUGUAUGACUAGACAGGAAGCGGGUCCAGGUCUGCAUUGCUGAGACAACACUGGGUCUGAAGGAGACGGACCUGCUGUAGACAAUAUCAAGCAUUGAAAGGUACUUUGGUUUAAAGACUUGUAGAUUCAAAUAUGAUGGGUAUAUUCACUGUGUUGGAUGAAGCCGAUUGUUUGAGGGAGGCGUUUAUUAGUACAUUAGCUUGUGUAAGGUGUACAGCUUCAAUCCUCUAAUUCAGGGGUGCUCAUUAAGUCGAUCGCGAUCUACCGGUCGAUCGUGGAGGUGGUACUGGUCGAUCGCUGGUCGAUCGCGGCGUGACAUUAAAAAAAUAUCAUCCUAGCAUCAAUGCCGUCACUUGAUUGAUAUACAGGGCAGCCAUUCAGAUGACAACUGAAUGUUGCCCUUCGGGCGACCAAUCAAAUCAAACAACGUCUCUAAGUGCAGCAGAACUUACGAUGUCAGCCUAUCAUCCAUCCCCGUUACUUGAUUGACAUACAGGACAGCCAAUCAGAUGACAACUGAAUUUUGACCUUUAGGUCACCGCUCAUGCGUAAACAGCGAUGCAAAGUGCUAAGCUAGUCGGCGAAUUGCGAGAUUUUAAGCCCUCGCUAAAGUUUAUGGUCACUAAAAUGAGUGAAGGAGUUGGACCAAGUAAAAAGGCAAAAACUGGACCAAGUAAAAAGGCAAAAAACAUAUCACUUCCAUACGGAUAUGGAAUAUUAUACGGAUAUUAUGAUACGGAUAUUAUCCAUGACUGAUAAACAUUUGGAAGUGUGCUUGAGGCUGGCUAUCAGCAGCUACUGUCCGGACUAUGCAUCCCUGGCUGGUUCAAUUCAGUGCAAGUCAUCAAAGUAAACUCAGGUAAUUACAAAAAAUGUUAAUAGUUAAUUAUGUGUGUUUUGCAAUAUUGGCUCAUUUGGUUAUGUAAGGUACAUCAACAUACAUUGUACGUACAAAUAAUCCUCAAUACAUUUGAAAAUAAAUAGAUGUUUUGCAUUUUUGUAGUGGGUAGAUCAUUUUGACUCGGUCAUUUUAAAAGUAGCUCGCAUGCUGAAAAAGUGUGAGCACCCCUGCUCUAAUUGGACUGAAGAAACCAGUAUAGAAAGAUCUCUCUCAGGGUUUUAUCAGUUGGCACAAAUGGUCAUAAAUUAUGACACAUUUUUAAUUAAUCAUAUUAUUUAACUCAAUGUUUUGCCUAGAAUUACUAAAAAAUAAUUCAUUAAUGGGUGUUAGCAUGGGUGGUUAGCAUGUUGGCCACACAAUCGGAAGUUCUAGACAAUGUGUGGAGUUUGCAUGUGCGUGGGUUUUCUCCGGAUACUCCGGUUUCCUCCCACAUUCCAAAAACAUGCUUUAUUGGCGACUCCAAAUUGUCCAUAUAGGUAUGAAUGUGAGUGUGAAUGGUUGUUUGUCUAUAUGUGCCCUGUGAUUGGCUGGCGACCAGUGCAGGGUGUACCCCGCCUCUCACCUCUGGGAUAGGCUCCAGCAUACCCGCCACCCUAGUGAGGAUAAGCGGCAUAGAAGAUGGAUGGAUGUAUUGCAUAUGUUUAUGAACGUGUACAAUGUUUUGUCACAUGUAAUGCUUCAUUACAACCAGCAGGUGUCACUAUCGGCCUGACUGUAACAUCAGCGUAGGACACUAACACAUUGACAAUUUGUUGACCCAGUGCCAGGGUCAAACUGGCCAUCAUUAAAUGUACAGGCCAUGUUUUAAGUCGCAUUUUAACAUUCUUAAGUGUCAAAAAGAAGUUAGGCCUUUUGGGGUUUAACAUCGGCUUCAUUGUAGAGCAGAGGUAGGGAACCUAUGGCUCGGGAGCCAGGUAGGGCUCUUUUGAUGACUGUAUCUGGCUCUCAAGCAUUUCUUACCACAAUAAAAAUGUAUUUUUGCUAGCAUUUUAAAGUAAACCAUGACAGAAAUGACUGUUAAAAAUAAUAUUAAAAAUCAACAACUUUCUUAUACAUUUUAAUCCGUCCAUUUAUUUUAUACUGCAAUACGGCCGACCAUAUCUAUCUUUCCUGAUGAUAUUUUCCAGGUCAAACACCAAAACGCGAUUAUUACUGGGUAAUGCGGUAGUCUACCUCGGUCAUUGAGAUGUCAACAUGUAAAUAUAAACUUUCCUCCUUUAGUCAAAUAGUCACCUAGCUAAAGCUGCAGAACCAAGCCUUCUGACGAAGAUGGCCAAAAGAAAGAAAUAUAUUUCUUUCUUUUGGCCAUCUUUCUAAACUUGAAACCCUCUUGCUAGGUGCUAGCAUGGUAGCCGUUAGCAUGUUAGCAUUUAAGCUACUUUACUCAUGUCUUCAGGCAAAUACACAUAUGGCAUGGUGUAGGGAGGUUAUAGGA